UCACUGAGACUCUAUGACACAGUUAGAUGGACUCAGUACCUACAGGUGUUAGUUGCCUAGCUACAUGUUGUUAUACAUUAUUAAAUAGCAUUCAGUGAUUGAUGAUACAAUAAAUUUGUGGAUACUGUGAGUGUCUAAGUUCCAGGAAAGUACACAACUAAAGGGAAAUGGACUUUAAAUUACAUUAAGGAUCGAAAAAGAGUAUACUACAGUUCUGCUGCAAUGGCCACUACCACCCAGGCCUUGCUCACCUCGCCACCUUAUGUUCCACCUCACUUUGCCAGUGACAGUGACGAUGACAUAAGUUCACCUCAAUCAACGCCUCUUCAUAUAGGCAACACGAACAAUAACAACAACAAUGAAGAAGAGAAAAAGAAAAAAAGGAAAAAGGAAAAGAAGGAAAAGAAGGAAAAGAAAGAAAAAAAGGAGAAGGAGAAGAAGGAGGAGGAAGAAAAAGAAAAAGAAAAGGAGAAAGAAAAAGAAAAAGAAAAAGAAAAGGAGAAAGAAAAAGAAAAAGAGAAAGACAAGAGCAAGGACAAAGAUAAGCCAGCAGAAAUAUUUGUCAUUAAUCCUGCUGGAAAUUUGUAUUACAACUGGCUGUUUAUCAUUACGCUACCAGUGAUGUAUAAUUGGACCAUGAUCAUAGCCAGGGCUUGCUUUGAGGAGUUGCAGCAUGACUACAUAAUUUACUGGGUUAUUCUGGACUACACCUCAGACCUUAUCUACCUGGCUGAUAUGUACUUCAGGGCCAGAACAGGUUACCUUGAACAAGGCCUACUAGUGAAAGAUAAGAAGCUGCUUUUAGAUCGAUACAUCAGCAGCUUUCAGUUUCGUCUCGAUGUUCUCUCCAUGCUGCCCACUGACAUCUUCUACUUCGUCCUUGGCAUCGACUACCCAGAGAUCCGCAUAAACAAGCUUCUGAGGAUUGGGCGCAUGAUGGAGUUCUUUACCAAAACAGAGACUAAAACCAACUACCCCAACAUCUUCCGUAUUGCAAACCUUAUCAUGUACAUCCUUAUUAUCAUCCACUGGAAUGCCUGCUGGUAUUUCUCUUUUUCCAAAUCUAUUGGAUUUGGUGCUGAUGACUGGGUUUACCCUGCUCUGGAUGAUCCUGAGGAGCCUGAGUUUGGACAGCCCAUGAGGAAGUAUGCUUUCAGCCUGUACUGGUCCACACUGACUCUGACAACUAUUGGAGAAACCCCACCACCAGCUUUGGACUCAGAAUUUCUCUUCCAUGUUGUGGACUUUUUAGUUGGAGUCCUAAUCUUUGCCACCAUUGUGGGAAACAUUGCCACCAUGAUCUCCAACAUGAAUGCCGCCCAAGCCCAGUUCCAGGCCCGCAUUGACAACAUUAAGCAGUACAUGCAGGUUCGAAAGGUUAGUAAGGACCUAGAGUUGCGAGUCAUCAAGUGGUUUGACUAUCUGUGGAAUAAUGGCAAGGCACAGGAUGAAAGAGAAGUGCUGAGGUAUCUCCCAGACAAGCUAAAAGCAGAAAUAGCCAUCCAAGUCCACAUGGAGACACUAAAGAAAGUUCGGAUUUUUGCAGACUGUGAGGCAGGCCUGCUGAUUGAGCUGGUGCUCAAACUCCGGCCACAGGUGUUCAGCCCUGGAGAUUACAUCUGUAAGAAAGGCGACAUUGGUCGUGAGAUGUAUAUUAUCAAAGAUGGAAAACUGGCAGUCGUUGCCGAUGAUGGUGUGACACAAUUUGUUGUACUCGGAAGCGGCAGCUAUUUUGGUGAGAUUAGUAUUCUUAAUAUUAAAGGUAGCAAAGCGGGUAACAGGCGGACCGCCAACAUUCGCAGCAUUGGAUACUCAGAGCUCUUCUGCCUUUCCAAGGAUGACCUGAUGGAAUCACUGUCAGAGUAUCCAGAUGCCAAAGGCAUGCUUGAGGAUAAGGGUCGGCAGAUCCUGAUGAAAGAUGGUCUUAUAGACUUGGAUCCAGCUAACAUCAAACCUGAGCAAAAAGAGCUGGAGGAGAAGGUAAACAAAUUGUAUGGUACCAUGGAGCUGAUGCAGGUCAAGCUGAAGAAGAUCUUACGAAAUUACGAAAAUGCAGACAAAGCUCUAAAACAUCGUAUUAUAGAUCUUGAGCGUUUAACUGGAGAGGAGGUAGAAGAAGAUGAGGAAGAAGGAGAAGAUAAAAAGGAAGAGAAAGAGGGGGGUGGGGAGAAAAGGGAAGAUGAAAAGGUAGAAGAAGAGAAAAAGGAAGAAGGGGAAAAGGAAGAAGAGGAAAAAGUAGAAGAAGAGAAAAAGAAAGAAGGGGAAAAAAUUGAGAUGACAGAAGAAGAUGAAGAAAAGCAGGAAGAGGAAAAAACAGAUGAAGGAGGAGAUGAAGAAAGAAAGGAUGAAGACACCAAAGAAGAGAAGGAAGAACAGAAAAAAUAAACAAUAAUUUAUGUAAUGCACCAAGCUCUUUUUUUAUGUAGCUACAAUAGAAUGCUUAUCAUAAUGAAGUGGACUUUGUACUUUAAUGAUUCAGUAAUAAUAUAAAAGACAACAUAUGAAACACUACAGAUGGACUGAAAUACCUACUCUAAGUUGUCCUUAAAAGGUGUUGCUAUUCUAUAUGUGUAAUAAAAUUAACGUAUUAUACAAAAUCUUUUCCCAUUUUUAUAUUCUCAUUCAAUUAAACAUUGGGCAGACAAACACACUAUGAGCAACAAUACUCGGGUAGGUCUGUAGCACUAAAAGACACUUGUUUGGUGCUAAGGGGCUCAAAGUGUCAAAUUUUGACCCUACCAUCUAAAUGUUGGAUAAGAAAUUGAGACAUAUUAGAUCAGGAAACAUUUUUACAAUCUUCUAUUGUCCAAAUUUGUUGAGCUGUGUAAAUUGUAACAUCAGUUUCCUGUUCUUAGCAGACAUGAGUUGCGCCUUUUUGCGGUCUUCUGCUGUUUUAGCCCAUCUGGUUUGGGCUAAAACAGCAGAUGCUCCUCUGCAUACCUUCACUGUAAUGAGUGGUUAUUUUAGUCACUGUUAUCUUCCUAACAACCUGAAGCAGCAGGGGCAACAUAUUUUUGCCCAGAGAACUGCGGCUCACUAGAUAUUUUCUUUUUUUCUUCCCCAUCCUAAAGCUCUGUUUGAGCUUCAUCUUUGGUCAUCUUGACCAUAUCAACAUGACUAAAUGUUUUGUGUUUUUGCCACAUUGAUGGGUGAUGAAAUAUUUGCUUUAACAAGUUGUUCAGCAGCUCUUCCCAAGAGAACAACUGAUGAGAGUAUCUGUUUGCUUGGGGAUGGUAACUGAUAAGAAUUUAAUUAUUCCGAUUGCAUCACUGAUUCAAUUCCUUAUUGAUUCUCAUUGGGUUCUCAUUGACUCUGCCUUGAGAUUUACCAUCAUCACAAGCCAACAUAUCAAAGGUAUUACACUGAUCCAAAUUAUUUGUGUGCUGUGUGGUCAAAUGUUUGUGCAUGUUGGAAGUAUUUCCGCUCUUUGCUGUGAUUGAUGUUGGGGUCAUUACUCAAAAAAACAUAUUACACAUUUUUCUGUAAUGAAGUACACUUAAUUACAUACUUAAUUACUUCCAGGCAAAAAUAAUUUGUUACAUUUAGUAAAUGAUUGUCUUGACACGAAACACAUUGUCUUAUAUUUACCAUUUAACAAUAUAAAACCAAUAGGCUACAUUCUCAUACACCAACACAAAUCCCUAUCCUGUGGACACACAUAUGAUCUUUCCUUUAGUAUUUAGGGAUAAUAAAAAAAAGGCAACAGCACAAACAAAAGAUCAAUACCACCAAAAAGAAACUUUAAAGUGAUCACCAAUGUCAUAUUACUUUAGAAACAUGAACAGGUAGAAACAGUCCAGCAACCAGACCCUGAACUUUACAAGCUGAAGUUCAGGGUCUGGUUGCUGGGCUGGGCUCAGCUUUAACAUCACUUUGGCUAGCGUUAGCAUGCUUUCUAUGCAGAUGCUUGCAAAGAGCUAACGUUUUUUUUUUGGGGGGGGGGGUUGCAGCAUAAUGCAGCUAUUUCUGUCAUGGAUGCAGUUUCCACUUAACCAUCGUGCUCUCGUCCAUUUGUGCAAUAAAAAUAAAAGCAAUUGUCAUAUCCACGCUGCAGACUGCGCCACUAUUUUCCUCCUCCAGCACAUAAACUAUAAUCAGCUGGUUGUAGCACAAGUGCAAGUAGAAGCAAUAAGCAAAGUCCAUAGGCAAGCUGUCUAACAAUUCCAAGUAGUGACGACAUGAAUCAUAAAUAGGUCAAACAAAAAGGGAAAACUGACUUUAAGAGGCAUUAAAAAAAAUCUAUGAACUGUUUCAUUAAAAAAAAAACAAUCUGAAAAAUGCAAUAUAGCCUUUAAUCCAAAUAUUAGGAAAGCUUUUCAUAUUUGGCUUUGGACAAACCCACAAGUUGGGCACACUAGUUCAGCUCAUUAGUUCCCAUGCAUGGGUUGAUGAGUUCAAACUGAGAGGCUGUCAUACAUAAGUGUGUAUAAAUAGAGGCCCAGGCACUGGCCCUUUUUGAUGGAGUCACAAACUUAAAAAUUCUGGAACCUCAAGUGAAAUCUCUUUCAUAUAAAUGAUUUGAGGCUAAUUUAAAACUAUCAUUCAAUGACCUGAAAUGGUGUAUGACUUUGCUAAUAGCACUAGGAAUGAUAAUUAAAACUGUUAUUUGCAGAGAGAGGAAUCAUGGUUUAAUAAUGGCCAACAUGGCUCAGUUUUUUUCAGUUCUUUGUUUAAUGUUUCUUGUGGGGAGGGAAACAGAACAAACAACCCAAUAUCAUGGCAAAGAGUGUAUCAGACAUGCCACUUCAGUGUGUACAUGUCACACUUUGCCUUUCCAAAGCUUGAAAUGAACAUACAUGCAGAAGUUGCACUUCCAGCAGGAGGAGGUAAUAUAUUUAAAGCCAACAAGUUAGUAGUGACCAAGGAACCUAAGUGACCCUAUGCAUUGCCAAGAAAACGGUCCUCCUUAACUGGAAAAAUAAAAAUAAUCUUAAUUCUAAUCAAUAUAAAAACCAUCUAAUAGAUCACAUUAGUCUUGAUACAGCCUCUGCCACCACAUUUGAUCAAUCCCUUUGGGCUCCUUUGAUCGGCUCCGUCACCUAGAGGGGGUGGGGGGUCAUGGUUUGGUCCUGCCUUCGCUAUUGUGGUUGAUGUGGAGGUUGGGACGGGCUUAGGGCGCCUGGAGAACCCCUAGAGACGUUAUCCCUGGAGGGCUCAACCCGGGGGGUUGUGGUCAUAACCUGGUUAGUGGCUCUGGUCGCUCUUAGAGGGUGUUCUCCUCGUGGCUGCGUGCAGCGGGGCUGGGGGAUGGUCUGUACUGGCGGACGUAGGUUACUGGCCUGGUAGCCUGGCUGCCCAUGAGUGGAUCCGGGGCAGGCGUGGGGGCUUGGGGUUCGGGGGUGCUUCGUCUCCGUGAUGGGGCUCUGGCUGGGCCUUGGGGGCUUCGGUCCUCGUCGGUGUGUCACCGAGGUUGUGGGCGGGUGGGUGCACGGGGGCUCAGCCCUGGCGCAGGGGGCCUCUGGUGCAUCGGCCUAACUGGGGGGCUCUUCAACUGGCAGGGAGGUUGUUCCAUCCUUGCAGAAGUCCACUCUGCAGGUGGGGGAGAGACAUAGGAGAGGUGGAGAAUAAACCUAACCUGGGUGUCUGUUGUCUUGUGUAGUCUGGAGAUGAUUGAAUGUUGGGGUGGGUACAGUUUCUUCUGCGGUGGCUUCCCCAGGUCCUGUGGGGCUUGGCGGUGCUGCUGCCGUAGGCCCCGGUCUGGAUGGGCCUGGGCUCCCUUGCCUUGGUGGGUACCAGAGGACGGGGGUGCCUACUGGGGUCAGCGGGGGAGCUGGCCCUAAGGAGGGGCAUCUUGCCCCUCCCUUCUUUUCCUCCCCAUCCCCGGCUGCCUCCCUCUUCCCGCUCCACCACACCCACCCACACAGGUAGGGCCUUGGGGUGCGGGUGUGUCACCAGGGUGCAGGGGAGGCAUUCCCCCCCCUCUGUCCCCUUCUGGCCACCUGUGCCUCAAUUUUAUUCCACAACUUAGACAUCUACAUUAUUCACACUCUCAUAACACACACAUAUAUAUAGGGCCUUGAGGGUGACCACGUUAACGGCGUCCAGUGGACGGUCUGUGUAUUCAACCCUACCUCUGGCGCCGGUGCCCACCUCUCAAUUUUAAAUCCAUGUAGACAUUGAGGGUUCUCGGGAGGGGCCGUGCUAACACCUGCUGCUCUCUGGCAGCAGCACCAUGCCCUCCCUUGUUUUAAAUGCACUUUAGGACAACACGCAGCAACACUACACAUGAGCGGGAGGAGGGAGGUAUGGGGUCUUCACACACCCCCGUUCUCUACUAGCCAUCGGGGCGGGGGACUGGGAGGAGGUGUUGGCUGUCCGAUUGGCCUCCCUGCUGCUGCGGAGCCUGGGGCGGUCUGCUUGCCUCCACCCCGGGGGAAAGGGUCACAUCUCUUGGGUCUGGGUGCCGUUUCCCCCUCUGGGGGUGAGGGUACCUGGACCCGGGGUAUAGAGUAUGUUUGGGGAGUAUGAUUGUGUGUACAUGUCCAUGUAUGUCUAUCCCUACGUUGGGUGAGUGCUGAGUGUUUGUAUAUGUGUGCAUGAGGGUGGGAAAGCAUGUUUGUGUCUGUGUGUGCCUGUUUGUCUGUGUCUAUAUGUCAGGUCGGGUCUUAGACUCCACCUCCCUUGGAACUCCCAGGCCCUCCAAAGUGUGGAGGCCUAUCUCCCCUCACCGCACUCCCUGCCGGUAACUGAUGCCCUCAGGGGUUGGUGCAUUGGUGGUUCUUGGUGUCCGGGGCUGGGCGCUCAGGUAUGCACCAGCUCACUCCCGGUGGCUACUUGGCAGGGCCUGGUGCCUGUCGCUCGGUCAGGCCUCUUCCGGGGCAAAGCGGGCCCUCGGGCCUCCGGCCUCGGGGCCUGCAACUCGGUUCACUCUGGCACAGCUGGCUGCCGGCAGAGCCGGCGGGCACGCCGGUGCAGCCCCCUCUGGCUUCUGCUCCGUGGCUACUGGGUGACCCCUCGUCUGGGGAUCUCCUCAGCCCUCCCCAGGAGGGUGGCACGGAUGCCCCUCCGGUGGUCCUCCUUGGGCUCUCGCACUCUGGGGCCUCUGGAUGUCUGGAGCCUGGAUCUCCUUCAUGCCUGCUUCAUGCCCUGGGGGACGGGGCUAUGGCCCUCCACACCCUCUAGCAGACCAUUACAUGGAGAAACCUUUUGUAUACAAGCGCGCUGAUCCACACAGGUGUGCACACGGGUGUUCACUGUUCGUAGACAUAAACUACACCUUUCUUAGCUGCUACUUCAAAGCACAUUGUGCGCUGUCUGUCCUGCGUGCUGCACAACAACAUUCAAUAUUUAGUAUUUACUGCUGUUCACACUUAGCUAGAUUAACGUGAUGGUGUUGUGUUUAGUAUGUUGCUUUGUUUUGGGUUUUUUUGCUUGUUUUCUCUUCUUUUUCUCUCAACAGGUGAUCCAGGAGAUUUUUUUUUCUUUGUCUUUGUAAGUGCCCUUUCUCACUGUCCCUUUUCCCUUCUGUUUUUCUUAAAUUAAAAAAAAAGAAAAAAAAAAGUAGUGACCAAGGAAGGUAUGAAGUACAUUCCAGGGUCCUCUUACAAAUGAUUAGGAUAGGUGGUCUGUAUGUAUUUACAUGUAAAUGUGUUAGUAAUGUCUCUUCGACAUAAAAUAUCUCCCUCUUUUGGUACUGUAGCUUACUGGAACUUCUGCAUGCAGGUCCAUUUCACACUUUGGAGAGGCAAAGCGAUACAUACACACAUUGGACUGGCACGUUACAUUAUGUAACCCUGGUGAGAUUUACAGCAAUCAAAAGUACAGGGUUCUUUGAAUGCAUCGUACUUCUCGUCUGAUAGUUUAAUUUCCGGGCUUGCCCUGAAGGCAUCACCUGCAGCUCGGUGCGCGUGAAGGUGUGGUGUAGAGGAACAAAGACGGCAAGGAAAAACUCCAUGCUGCCGCGAAGCACGGUUUUCCAGUUGAAAGAGAGAAAAGAGGUUCCAUUAACAUUUGUGAGAGAGCUGCCGUUAGCGGUGAACCACAGACGGGUACCUACCUCGAAGGAGUCGGAGUGUUUCUUCGAACUUUUUGAACUAUUCUGGUGAGUUAGCCUAGCUCACUUAGCACCGCUAUUGCAGUUCAAUGCACUAAAAAAAAUAACUAACCAGUCAGAAUAGUAGUGAAUGAUGUUUAAGAUGUGUUUUCAUAGUAUUGUGAUGUUGUGACAGUUUUGUUUAUUAUGAGUGUUUAGUGUUUUUUCCUCUCUUGGGCCUGCUAGUUCAGCCGCGGCCAGCUAAGUGGUUAUGCGCAGUUCACGUGCAAUAGCUGUGCUGUAGCUGUAACUGCGGGUGAUGAGCAGUAAUGCCAGUGUAUUUACUUUUAAUGUGUCACAAGAUGCAAAUUUAUUUUAAUAUUUAAAAAGAACCAAGGACAUUAGGAAUAAGGACAUUUAAGGAAUGUGGACAUCUAACAUUCUGCAUGUUUGUGUGCAGACUGGUUUUUUUUUGAGGGACAAUUCCAUGUGUGCCGAGUGAGGAGCUGGUAUCGUGGAUCUAAGACACUGUUGCUGCUGUGGAGGCCUUCUGUGUGUCAGGACGCCGACAAGUUGAUGCCUGCCGUACCAGGAGGGCGGUAGGAAUAAAAAACAAAAGGAAGUCCACCUGAGAGAUACCUUAUCAUUUUCUUUUGCUACUUUUUUCUUCGCCUGGAACUCAGGUUGUUUUUUGUUCUCAAACCCAAAUAAACUGGUAACUAAAUGAAACUGACAUCAUAAAAACUGACGGUUGACAACCAGUAAAAGUCUAGUGGUACCACAUUUUCUUUUCUUUUUCCCUUUCUUUGGGGUGUUGAAAUAUUGUGUUUUCUUUCUUGUCUUACAUCUGUUUUGAUUGUUUCAAUUAUUUUGUGAUGCAUCUGAGAUGUUUACUGCAUUUGGAGGUAUCCCUACAUUGAGAAUGAGCAAAGGGAACUGAUCCAAAAGAAAUAUAUAUAAAGCAAACUUUGUUUCACAAA